AUGUCCACGUGGAGAGCCAGGCUGGCCCAGGGGCUGAAGGCCCGGUCGGGAGGGAUGCACCCAUUCCCCUGCUCCGCGCUACUGGCUUGUUUCGGGAGCUCGCAGGAGCCAGCGCCCUUCGAUCAGCCCGGCGCCGCCGCAGAGGCCCACGCCACCACCCACGCCCAGCCCACGGCCAGAGCGGACUCACACUGCAGUCCCGGGCGAGCGGAGGGAGCUGCAGCCAGAGGGGGCGAUUCUGGCAGCUCCACUGGGCGAAAUGGCAGCGCAAAGCAGGACGCAGGCAAUCACGCAGCUGCCCAGCCUGCAGGGCCCCUGGAGGGUCAGCCUAGGCCCCUGGAGGGGGAGCCCCACCACCAAGCAGUUACUGUGCAGACGCCCAUCCCCAGACCAUCAAUUAUCAACAGGCCGGAGAAGGAAGAACUCCAAGAAGAACCUAAGUACCCUGAGUUGGAAAAGAAGCCGCCAUCAGAUAGCCCACUUGAGGACAGUGACCCCCAGGACUCAUCCCUCACACCAAGACACAUCAUGGCUGAGCCAGACUACUUGGAUGAUGACAAUCCUGAGCUGAUUAGACCCCAGAAAUUGGUCAACCCUGUCAAAACAUCCCGGAAUCACCAGGAUCUUCACAGAGAACUCCUUAUGAAUCAAAAAAGGGGUCUUGCGCCUCAGAAUAAACCAGAAUUGCAGAAGGUGAUGGAAAAGAGAAAACGAGACCAAGUCAUAAAACAGAAGGAAGAAGAAGCGCAGAAGAAGAAAUCUGACUUGGAAAUUGAACUGUUAAAGCGGCAGCAGAAGUUGGAGCAGCUUGAACUUGAGAAGCAGAAAUUGCAAGAAGAGCAAGAAAAUGCACCAGAGUUUGUGAAGGUGAAAGGCAACCUCAGGAGAACAGGCCAGGAGAUAGCCCAAGCCCAGGAGUCCUAGGCCAAGGCUGCCUGGAAGCCUGACACAUGCCACCAUCACUGCAAGAGCUGUGUCUGAGUGCUUUUCCGCACUGGUCUCAGGGCCAGAGCCCCUGAGAAAACUGCAGCCAGCUAGGAAGCUUACCUAGAGGGGGUUUAUGUGCUUUCCUACAGUCUGGGUGGGGGAAUUGUCUGUGACAAGUUGCAGUUCCCAUUCGCCAAAUGAAGGACAUUGACCAGUACUUACGUUGGAAUAAUGGACCUGCAUUCAAAGAUUUUAAGCAGAACAAAACAAGAAGAAAUAAGAAGAGGACACUGGAAUAAGUUCUUAAGAGUUGCACUACUCAGUUUUCUUCCAGUUCAAAUUUUGUAGGACACAGUGACUUUUUCUUUGAAAGUUAAAGAAAAGACGAUUAAUUCUUCUCAUGGUUAUCUGUUAGAUAACUUGGAUUGCAUAGAAAUGCAUUUAAUCUGUCAUAGCCAAUACUUGUAAAUUUCAAGAAUCCAAAAUUUUGUUUAAUUUAUAAUUCUACCCAUGUUAGAAUUAGUAGCAGGGAACGUAGCAUUGGGUUGAGCACAGCUAUUGUCUUUGUAGGCACUAAAAUCCAGAAAUAUGGUAAGAAGCAUUGGGAAUAUGCAAGGUUCCAUCUUCUUCCUCCCUCUUGACUGUGUGUGGCAUUGUGGACCUGGCGGUGGUCUACAUCUAGGAAAGCACCAUACGCAGGUUCUUGUAUCGCUGUGAGAAGCAGUGGGAUUUCUCUGCAGCUUCAUGCUUAAACUGUGCUGAGCAAGUCCUUCCAGAUGAAGUGAUUCUGCAAUCCUUUAGAAAAGGGAAAUAGUCUGUAUAACCCAUUUCAGUUUCAGAAGUAGAGGGCCUGGUGUAGGGCGCUGUCCGUGAGGAGCUUCAUGGGAAGAUUCUACAACAGUUGUACGCUUUAAUAUUAGUAGAAUCCAAACUUGGAUAAUUUCUGAUCAAUGGUAACAUAUUUCCUUACUGUUUUUCCCUUGUGCAGAAAGACUUCUGCUACCCUCUCAGCCCAUGCUGUUGAGAGGGGUGAUGUUGAUGACUACUGUAUUACCGCAUCUCUCAGGAAAAUUGAGGAGCAGUGUGGGCUGGCUUGGCCUCCUCAUGCUUGCUAAUGUGCUUCUCAGAGGGCAUCCAAGUUACAAGAACAACACAGUUCUCAUGCAAAAGUAACUUUAUACUGCUGGUGUUUGUGGAUUUAGUGCAUUCUUCAUAGAGAUGGCUCAGCCAGUAACUUCUAAAUUGAGGACUAUUCUUACACUUCCUCUAGUGACAAUAGAGAGUUGAACCAGAGCUUUGCAACCCUCUGUUAGCACAGUACCCAUUAGCUUUCUGUCUGAGUGCUGUUGUAGCAGCUGACAGGCUCAUACUCAACUCUAAUGUGAGCAAGAUAAGAGUAAGUGGAGGCUGAUACACAGCUAAAAAAUGUUGGUUGGUUACACCUGAAAUGGAUUAUUUGUGUCAUCAGCAAGUGUUAUUUGAAUAAAAUACAAGAUGCUUAAGAUAAAAUACUGCUCUAUAAUAGUUUCCUUUCAAAGGUUGGAGUGGUGACUUUUUCACCAUUCUUUUGAGAGAACAAAGUACAGUAACUGAUGAUCUUGAAAGAACAUGUCUGAUUGCAUGUUUCCUUGUGUAUGUGAACUGAUAGUGUGGUUGAUAAAGUCUAAAUUUGGCCUGGCUCAAAAUGUUUGGUCUAACGAGACUUUGAUCUGUGGCCUUGAAGCAGUUUUGCCACUUGACAGAAUUCUCAAGGGACCUAGCAGGCUCCUAAAGAAGUAUAAGUUCUAUGCCUAAAACUUCUCUAGAAUUCAUUCAUCACUGGGUAAAAGUUAAUUUAAAAAAGCAUUCUCUCCUAAUUGCAGAUAAGUUUGCAGUUAUUUGUGGUUAGUACUACAAGGUCCAGCCAAAAGAAGACUUGUAAAUAACAUAAAGUGAUGGGCUAUGCUCAGCAGCAGAGGUGCAGGUGGUGAAGUUCUCUGAAGUCUGGUCAGCUGACUCACAGGCUGGAGCUUGACCAGUGGUCUGUCUCUCCUCCACACUGUCCUGCCCAGGCCUAUGGACUCGGGAACCUCUGCACAGUCCUGUGCUGUGAGCCACUUUUUUUUUUCCCACAAAAAUGGCUCCACUUUUCCACUUUGUGGUUUUCUUAAAAUAGUUGAGUAUUUUGUAGUUUCCUCAUAGUAAAAUAGAAUUGCUUUAUAAGCUAUAACAGUUGACUUUAUUCUUCUACUCUGAAAAAUCUUGCCUUGUUUGAGUGUAUAUAAUAUAUAUAAAGGGAGCCUUAAUGGAUUUGUUUUCAUAAUUUAAUAUUUUUUGUAUUUGCUCUUGUAUAAUUGUUUUUAAUGGAAAGUAUUAAAAAAUUGAGGUUGGAAUUCUUAGAACCAAAGUUAUUCUUAAUAAAAAUCACCACAUGCUUGGACCAUGCAA